AUGAGCAUCUACACGAGAAUACUCUUUGCGGCCGUCUUGCUAGCUACAGUAGCAGCUCUAGUGGAGGAACACAAGGAGGAGCACGAGACGGAGGAGUCGCAUCUUCGAGCAAAGAGGCAGUAUGGAUAUGGUGGAUAUGGAUGGGGUGGUGACUACUGGUACACGGGCCGUAUGUGGGGGGAUCCUGAUCGGCAUCAUCUUGUUGUCGCUGUGCUGCUGCGUGCCGUUAGUCUGCUUGAUUGGCGUCUGGUUCAUGGCCCAGCAGCGCCCGCGCAGUCUGAACACAUCGUCUACCAAAGCGACGAGCGCUACUACACAACUUCCGGCUCCCCUCCCCGCAAUAGCGCGAUC